GCAUCACAACAGGAUGUCCUAUAUAAACAAAGCUUCGGAGGGCAUUAUAGGCAGAUUCCUGAUCAAGAUUCGCCUUGUAGAGGUCCUGGAGGAGAACAUGACAGAAUUCGGGAUGCGAGCCACGUACGCCGUAUGGUAUGGCAGCCACCGUGCCAUUAUAAUCAAUGCAAUGCAACUCUGGACCACGAAUGGGGUCAAAUCCGCCAAUCAGUAUCGUUAUCUGAUUAUUGGGCUGACGCCGCUUAAACCUCAAAAGAUUUUUGUAGGAGAAGUGCACCGCUGCCUGGAGGGACAACCUAUGGCCAUUGUAUAUCUCGAACAUUUCCAGGUUUAGGAGGAUUUUUUUCUUGAAUUUAAGCGAGUUGCCGUCCGCCACUCCCAGGACCGUCAACAUAGAGUGUUUGUUCAGUGGA